AUGUCAGCACCAUUAGAUGCAAGCAAGUUGGAGAUCACCAAAACAACAAAACCUCAGGAGAAGUUACCGAAUGACAAAUUGGUUUUUGGUAAAACGUUUACCGACCAUAUGUUGGAGGUAGAAUGGACACAAGAAAAAGGAUGGGGAGCUCCCAAGAUUAGUCCUUACCAUAAUCUCUCUUUGGAUCCGUCUACGGUUGUCUUUCACUAUGCAUUCGAGUUAUUCGAAGGAAUGAAAGCAUACCGUGAUGCAAAUGGUGAUAUAAGAACAUUUAGAGGCGAUAAGAACAUGGACAGAAUGAACAAGUCGGCCGAGAGAAUAGCUUUGCCAAGUUUUGAUGGUGAGGAGUUUCUUAAGCUUAUUGAUCAGUUCUUGUUAUUAGAAAAAGACUUUGUUCCCGAAGGAUCGGGCUUUUCAUUGUAUUUAAGACCGACCAUGAUAGGUACAACUGCUUCAUUGGGUGUAGGAACUCCUGAUAGAGCUCUUUUGUACUUGAUUGCCUCUCCAGUGGGUCCUUAUUACUCGACCGGGUUUAAGCCAGUUUCUCUUGAAGCUACCGAUUAUGCUGUAAGAGCAUGGCCAGGUGGUGUUGGAAAUAGGAAGUUAGGAGCAAACUAUGCCCCAUGUAUCAAGCCACAAUUAGAGGCCGCUCAAAGAGGUUACCAUCAAAACCUUUGGUUGUUUGGAGAAGAAGGUUAUAUCACUGAGGUAGGAACUAUGAAUGUUUUUUUCGUGUUCAAAGGUGAAGAUGGGAAGAAAGAAUUGGUUACUGCUCCAUUAGAUGGUACUAUCUUGGAGGGUGUCACUAGAGAUUCGAUUUUAGAUUUGGCUAGAGAGAGAUUACCAUCUAAUGAAUGGAAUGUUAAUGAGCGUAAAUUCACGAUCCACGAGGUUCAAGAGAAGGCCGCUAAUGGUCAGUUAGUUGAAGCUUUUGGUGCUGGUACUGCAGCUCUUGUCUCUCCUAUCCUGAACAUAGGCUGGAGAGGAAAGGAGAUAUCAGUUCCUGUUGGUUCUGGAGAUGCUGGUGACCUUACGAAGCAAAUUGCCGAAUGGAUCAAAAAUAUACAGUAUGGAGAGGACGAAUUCAGAGGAUGGUCAAGAGUUGCAAAAUAG